GAAAUACAGUUUUAAAGUUUGGUGGGUCGUCUCUCCUAAAGACGGUUCUUCCUGAGCUUCCAGUAGAAAGCGACUACCCCAACGCAUAUGCCCAAGAGCAACCAUUUGUCCCCAUUUCUCUUUCUCUAUUUUAUAUUCUCUCUCCUCUUCCAUUCUUCUCUGCCCAAGAACACCGACAUUUUCAGUAAAGAAUCAAUCCUCCAUCAAACUUGAUGCUUUAUAUUUUUCUUUAAAGAAAAAUUCAAGAUUGGGUUUUGGGAUUGAAACAAUUUUGUAGUUUUCUUGGUCUUUUUUUGAGUUUAUGACCCUUGAAUUUUUAUGGGUUUUGCUCAGAAUUAGCCAAUUUUGAUUUCUGGGUUGUUAAUUUGAGUGUAAUAAUAGAGCAGGGGGGAAAAAAGAAAAAAAAAACUGGAAGAAAUUAAAUUGGAAAAGAAAAUGUCUUGGAAAAGCAGAGGAUUUGAUUCAGCUCCAAAGAGCUUAAUUUCUCGAAAAUUAACACUUCUACUAUGCAUUGGCUGUUUUUGCGCAGGCAUGCUAUUCACCAGCAGAAUGUCAACAGAACCCGAAGAAAAGGGGUUAUUUCGACGAGCUACAAUGGAAGACGGAAGACAAAAUUUAAUAAAGGAGGAUUGUGAUCAGAAAACGAAGGAUGGGAAAAAUGAGCCUAAAAGUAUAUUUGGUGAAGUUUCUAAGACGCAUCACGCUGUACAAACCCUAGAUAAAACAAUAUCAAAUCUAGAGAUGGAGUUAGCUGCCGCAAGGGCUACACAGGAAUCUAUAAUGGAUGGAUCCCCUGUGUCAGAAUCUAGUAGCAAAAGAAGAUAUCUGAUGGUAGUUGGCGUUAACACCGCUUUCAGCAGUAGAAAGAGAAGAGAUUCAGUCCGUGCAACAUGGAUGCCGCAAGGAGACAAGAGAAAGAAGUUGGAAGAAGAGAAGGGCAUCAUAAUGCGAUUUGUCAUAGGUCACAGUGCUACAGCAGGUGGUAUCCUAGAUAAAGCUGUUGAGGCAGAGGAUCAAAAGCAUGGGGACUUUUUAAGGCUGGAACAUGUUGAGGGAUAUCUAGAAUUGUCGGCCAAGACGAAAAUAUAUUUUGCCACCGCUGUUGCUAUGUGGGAUGCUGAUUUCUAUGUUAAAGUUGAUGAUGAUGUACAUGUAAAUAUAGCAACUUUAGGAACAACCUUAAUUAGGCAUCGUUCAAAGCCUCGGGUGUACAUAGGAUGUAUGAAAUCUGGUCCGGUCCUCGCCCAAAAGGGAGUGAGGUACCAUGAACCAGAACAUUGGAAGUUUGGAGAUGAUGGAAACAAGUAUUUCCGUCAUGCUACGGGGCAGCUGUAUGCCAUUUCAAAAGAUUUAGCAACUUACGUAGCUAUAAAUAAGCAUGUGCUACAUAAGUAUGCCAAUGAAGAUGUCUCAUUGGGUGCUUGGUUUAUUGGGUUGGAUGUAGAACACAUCGAUGAUCGCAGAUUGUGUUGUGGCACACCACCUGAUUGUGAGUGGAAGGCUCAAGCAGGGAACGUCUGUGUGGCAUCAUUUGACUGGACCUGCAGCGGAGUUUGCAAAUCAGUCGAAAGGAUGAAGGAAGUCCACCGGCGGUGCGGUGAAGGAGAGAGUGCCUUAUGGAGUGCCGCUUUCUGAUUACGCAUCAUACAACGUACGAUAAGAUUCUUCCAAUUCUAUGGAGGAUUUUGAUCAAGUGUUUUUAGUAGAUUGAUCAUUGUAGUUAAUACCCAUUGUAUGUAGAUUUAAUUUUGAAGAUAUGUAAAGUGAGUGUGAGAGAUCACACCAAGAGGAGAGAGAAAGAGAGAGAGUAUUAUAGAGUAGGAUUCUGUUAUGCUCUCCAUUUGAUUGUAGAGUAGGAGAGAAACAGAGAGAAUUCUUUUGGAUGAACACAGAAAGAAGCAAAAGGUUUGCUUCUUGCAAACCCCAUUAUUCUUUGAAUUCUGAUACUAGUAACAAUAAGUAUAUCACUUAUAUCCUUAAUAAAAGCGAUUAUCUUGCGAAA